AAGAUGUCUAUGGACGUGACAUUUCUGGGGACAGGUGCAGCAUACCCAUCUCCAACCCGGGGUGCUUCUGCCAUGGUCCUUCGGUGUGAGGGCGAGUGCUGGCUCUUUGACUGUGGGGAGGGAACACAGACACAGCUUAUGAAAAGCCAGCUUAAAGCAGGGAGAAUUACCAAGAUCUUCAUCACACAUCUUCAUGGAGACCAUUUAUUUGGUCUUCCUGGCCUCCUCUGCACCAUCAGUCUGCAGAGUGGUUCCAUGGUCUCCAGACAGCCUCUUGAAAUCUACGGCCCGGUAGGGCUCCGGGACUUCAUCUGGCGAACCAUGGCGCUCUCUCACACGGAAUUGGUCUUCCCUUACGUGGUCCAUGAACUGGUGCCCACCACAGACCAGUGUCCUGCAGAAGAAUCACAAGAGUUUGCCCUUUUGAACAACAGAGCAGAAAGCCCACCCAAGGAGGGGCAAGGAAGAACUAUCCUAUUAGACUCAGAAGAAAGCUCAUACCUUCUGGUUGAUGAUGAACAGUUUGUUGUCAAAGCCUUUCGCCUUUUUCACAGAAUUCCCUCAUUUGGGUUUUCAGUCAUAGAAAAGAAACGCCCAGGUAAACUCAAUGCACAGAGACUAAAAGACCUCGGUGUUCCGCCAGGUCCUGCCUAUGGGAAGCUGAAAAAUGGAAUUUCUGUUGUUCUGGAAAAUGGGGUUACAAUUUAUCCCCAAGAUGUCUUAAAAAAACCUAUUGUUGGAAGAAAAAUCUGCAUAUUGGGUGACUGUUCUGGGGUUGUGGGUGAUGGAGGAGUGAAGCUAUGCUUUGAAGCAGACCUGUUGAUCCAUGAAGCGACCCUGGAUGACGCCCAGAUGGACAAAGCAAAGGAGCAUGGCCAUAGCACACCACAGAUGGCGGCGACAUUUGCAAAGUUGUGCCAUGCAAAGAAGCUGGUUCUGACUCACUUCAGUCAGAGGUACAAACCAGUGGCCUUGGCCAGAGAAGGAGAAACAGAUGGCAUUGCAGAACUAAAAAAGCAAGCUGAGUCAGUGCUGGAUCUCCAAGAAGUGACUCUAGCAGAAGAUUUUAUGGUGAUAGGCAUUCCGAUCAAGAAAUGAAACCAGUGUUCCUGAAUGCAUAUUGACAUAUCUGUGAAUAUGUUACUGACCCUAUAGUCCUGUUUUUUAUUUUUUGUUUCUAGUCUGAAAUUAUCUGGGCUCUAAUAAUCCUAAAAAGAAUGGAGCUGCAUUGCUGAACUGACUCAAUAGUCAGAGGGAGCAAGUUUUUUGAUAAUAAAUCAUUUUUUAAAGAAAAAACCCCCCAGCAACCUUCUUAAAGCCCAAAUCUGACAAUAUGUUCAGGUAUGCUUCUUAUUUUGUGCUGUUGCCACAGCUAAAAGCCAAUAUUCUAUGCAGUCCUGGGCUUAGCUUCUGCCCAACUUUAUUGCUGCUUUUGGGAAAAUACACAGGGCUUGACCCUCUUGGCUAAAAAUUGUUUUUUGACAGUUUGUGUUGAAUCUGUUUGUAUUAGUAACCAAGUAGGGAGAAAUGUAAUGAGACACUGGACAUGCAGGAUUGACGAUAACAUGACUAUAACUGUGAUGGAAUACUGA